AUGUCAAACCCUGCCACCACCUCCACCGCCGGCAGACACUCAACCCAUCGCCGCCGUGCCCCGGAACUAAUGUCUGAUAUCCUUGUACCCACAAUAGACUCGUCCUUUGAAAACCCAAAUGGAUGUCAAUGCAAUGGUUACUUAGAUUAUGUAUCGGAAACGACGGUUAAUUGUUUAGGGUGUUGUACUGCCACCUGCCAUCACCACCGGCACCACCACAACAACUACUUUUUUCUAAGAAAAGGGUCGGCGGAGAAACGGAUUUUCAAGUCUUUGAGAGUAGGGAAGAAUGUAGGGCGUAGCCUGUUGGUGUUUCUGAUUGUUUUGGUGGUUUUAACGGUUUUUUUGAAGCUUGCAUACAUGACGGGGAGUCAUGUGGCCAAGACGCAGGCGGAGUACGGUGCCGGAAUGUUCAUUUUGAGGGAUUAUAAGCGUGAUUCAGUCGAGGCUCAGAGAGUUUUGUCAGACAUUCAUUCUUCCAUGCCCAUGAGAGUACUCGACAACUACUCAGACCAUCCUGUUCAUGAAAUUUGGAUGAAACCAAACAGCAAUAACCAUCAUCAAUGCAUUGUUAGACCAAGAAACAGAAUAAAGACAAACUCAGCGACCAACGGAUACCUUCUUGUUCAUGCCAAUGGUGGAUUGAAUCAAAUGAGAACCGGGAUCUGUGAUAUGGUUGCCAUUGCCAAGAUUAUGAAUGCCAGCCUUGUUCUUCCUUCUCUAGAUCAUCAAUCCUUUUGGACGGAUCCUAGUGAUUUUAAGGACAUUUUUGAUUGGAGGCAUUUCAUGGAUGUUCUAAGAGAUGAUAUAGAGGUUGUAGAGUCUUUACCACCAGAAUAUGCAAGAAAAAAGCCCCAUCUCAAGGCUCCAAUUUCAUGGUCAAAGGCCAGUUACUAUAGAGGGGAGAUGUCUUUAUUGUUAAAGAAACACAAAGUAAUUCAGUUUACACACACCGAUUCACGGCUGGUCAACAAUGGGCUCGCGUCCUCUUUUCAAAAGCUUAGGUGUCGAGCCAAUUAUCAGGCCCUUCGUUACUCUAAUCAGAUCCAAGAGCUUGGGAAGAAGCUGGUUGAUCGACUUAGGAGCAAGGGCGGCCCCUAUAUCGCUCUUCAUUUGAGAUACGAGAAAGAUAUGCUCGCUUUCACGGGAUGCAGCCAUAAUUUAACAGUAGAUGAAGCAGAGGAACUUAGAGCAAUGAGAUAUGGUGUGAAGCAUUGGAAAGAAAAGGAAAUAAACAGCAGAGAAAGAAGACAACAAGGGGGUUGCCCCAUGUCCCCUAGAGAGGCUGCUCUCUUCCUUAAAGCCAUGGGAUACCCUCCCAACACUAAAAUCUAUAUAGUUGCCGGAAAGAUAUACGGGAGUAGGAGCAUGGACGGAUUUCGGAACGAGUACUCAAACGUGUUUUCUCAUAGCACGCUGAUGACUCGAGAGGAAUUGCAUGCGUUUCAGCAGUAUCAGAACCGGCUUGCGGCAGUUGAUCACAUUGUUGCCCUUGAGAGCGAUGUUUUUGUUUACACGUAUGACGGGAAUAUGGCCAAGGUAGUCCAAGGCCAUAGGAAGUUCGAAGGCUUCCGUAAGACGAUCAGCCCUGAUCGGCAACAGUUUGUAAAACUGAUAGAUGGGUUGGACAAAGGAGUGAUGUCAUGGGACACAUUUAGUUCUCGAGUGAAGACCAUUCACGGAGAGCGGUUAGGUGCACCUUCGGAGAGGAAGGCGGGUGAGUCGCCAAGAGUAGAAGAGAACUUCUACUCAAACCCGUUUCCGGGGUGCAUCUGUAACGAUAAAUCGAGUAUCGACAGGAGACCACCGAUCCCGAGACUUGGAACUGAGUUGGGUUUGAGUCUUGGUGUUUUUGGGGCGAAACAAGGGAAGAACAACAAAACAGGGUAUGGAGCGACUAGGUCGCGUGGUACGGUGGUAGAUAUCAGAUUCAUGUGUUCGAUACUGUUGCCUCUUAAAAGUUUAGAGUAUUUAUGUGAUCCAGUAUGUAUAUUUAACAACGGUGUUGAGCCAGUUGGGCCAACGUGUAUAUUUAACAGCAGUGUUGAGCCUGUUAGUCCAACGUGUAUAUUUAACAACGGUGUUGAGCCAUUGAGCCAACGUGUAUAUCUAACAGCGGUGUUAAGCCAGUUGGGCCAAUGUAUAUUUGACGGCAAUAUUGAGCUGAUUGUGCAUAACUUUAAAGAUGAGAAGAGUGAAGGCAAGCUCAAGGUAAUUAAAGAAAAGAAACAUCAAGGGAAUGUGGAAAGUGAAGCCGAAAACGAAGAAAAGAAGAAGAUAAUCGAGAGUGAGGAGGAGAAGCCAUGUAAGGGAAAUCAGAAGGACUUAGUUGUUGCCAUGCUUCACGGGCGUGAAAGUCUACUUUGCAGGCGCAAAGAAAAACACCUUAAUUCAUGUUGA